AAGGGGCGUACUAGCUCCACAUUUCUCAUCAGCUUCUGGAUUAAAUCUCCGGUUAUCUUUAGAGACGUAAAAAAAGAAAGCUUAACCAAUAUCAACAAAUUAAUGGAGAUAUCUGAAGAGAUGUUAAGCACACUCAUUCCACCUGUGGUGUAUUGGGUGUUCUCAGGGAUAUAUGGAUUGCUAGCAAUAUAUCUCAACAAGUACAGAUUACACCCAAAAGGUGAGGAAGAAGAGAAAAACUCUGUAUCAAAGAUAACAGUUAUCAAGGGCAUUUUGAUCCAACAAGCCAUGCAAGUAGUCAUAAUCUACAUGGCCACAAAGGUUAGGUCUAAUGAAGGACCAGCAGCAGCAAAGGAACAACAACCCUCCCUACCAGUGAUGGCAGUGCAAUGGAUGAUUGCCAUGAUAGUCUUAGACACGUGGCAGUACUUUAUUCACAGAUACAUUCAUAUAAACAGGUUCUUGUACAAACAUGUCCAUGCAGUACACCAUGCUCAAAUAGUGCCCUACGUAUAUGGAGCUCUCUAUGGGCAUCCAUUUGAGUCCUUUAUGGAUAUCAUUGGUGGUGCUUUGGCAUACUUAAUCUCUGGGAUGACCACUAGAACCAGCAUCUACUUCUUCUCUUUUUCCGUCAUCAAAACUUUGGACAUACACUCUGGGUUAUGUAUCCCUUGGAAUCCCUUACAAGCUUUCUUCUUUAAUGAUUGUGCUUUUCAUGACACUCACCAUCAACUCAAGGGUCACAGGUAUAACUUCUCUCAGCCUUUCUUCAUCUCAUGGGAUAAGAUCCUUGGGACUUACAUGCCAUACACUGUUGAGAAGAGGACAGAUGGAGGCCUUGAAUUAAAGCUUCUCAAGGAUGCUUAGAGUUGCAUACAUGGCAUGCAUAUGCAUACACGGACAUGUAUUUGCAUGUACCAUCUAUAUAAUAAUCCGUGUGAGAUUUAUGGUGAUGUAUUAAUCAAUGUACUAUCUAUAUAUAUAAUAUAAUAUAAUUCGUCUGAGUUUGAAGA